CGGCCCUGCGCGCCCUCCCCUGCCCGAGGAGCGGGGCUGGACAGAUGGGGUAACAGGCCCCCGGCCAGAACUGCCCCGGCGUCGCCCUUCGCGCUUGCCGCCGAGGAAGGGGGGAAAACAGCCGCCCUUUUUCCUGGAUUUGGAUGGAGACCUGCCGGCUCUUCCGACGGCACUGCUGAGCUCCGGGGGUUGGGGGAAGGGUCCUUCUCCCUCCCCCUUUUAAAUGUAGGAAUUAUCUGGAAGGAUUCUGGAAGGAAACGCCAAGAAAGAACGGUGGUCCGGCCUGGGGAGGACCAGGACCGUGUCUGGAUGUGAGCCCAGGAUGGGAAAAUAACUUCUUCUGAGGUUGGUGGCUGUUCGCAAGGGAGGCAAAGAACCGGGGACCUCUGCCUCGGGCUGCUGGAUCUGACCACAAACCAUGAACAUGCGCCCCCCUGCCCUGGACAGGUUGGGCUCCCUGUCUUCCUUGGGCGACUCGGCUCUGGAACGGCGUGCCCCCAGCCACCCCCGCCAGCCGCCCCACUCCGGCGAAGGCACAGGUUUGGUUCAGCGCUGCGUCAUCAUCCAGAAGGAUGAGCAUGGCUUCGGCUUCACCGUCAGCGGGGACCGGAUUGUCCUGGUGCAGUCUGUUCGGCCAGGUGGAGCUGCGAUGAAGGCCGGCGUGCAGGAGGGCGAUCGGAUAGUCAAGGUGAAUGGGACUGUGGUCACCAACGCGUCCCACCUCGAAGUGGUGAAGCUCAUCAAAUCUGGUGCAUACGUUGCUCUCACUCUGCUGGGCUCCCCUCCUUCCUCCACGGGGUUCCUGGGACUGCAGCAUGAUCGGCCACAGACGGGCACCCUGCAAACCACACCCGCGCGUCCUCCGCCGCCGCCGCCUCUGCCGCCCCCUUCCCAGCGCAUCACCGCUGGGCCAAGGCCACCACAGGACCCUGAAGUCCAGAAACAUGCCACACAGAUUCUUAGAAAAAUGCUGCAGCAGGAAGAGGCAGAACUGCAGCGAUGCUACGCCGUCUACAGCCAGAACCCUGCUGCUUUGCUUGAGGAACAGAUCGAAGGGGCUCGGCGGAGAGUCAGCCAGUUGCAGCUCAAGAUUCGGCAGGAGAUGGGAGAACUGGUGGACGCCACCCGGCUCCCCAGCGAUUCCGGUUCCUUCAGCUCCCGGGCGAUGGACGGAUGCCCCUCUGUCGACUCCCUGGAUGGCGACAGUGGCUUGGACGUGGGCAUGGAGCGCUUCCCUUCUGUGAGCGAAAUGUCCCUCAACCGGAACUCUGUUCUUUCUGACCCUGGCCUAGACAGCCCGCACACCUCGCCCAUUGCCGCCUCUCGGCUCUUUGGGCACCAUCGACACCAAGGCUCGGACACCCCCUUCUCUCCCUCUGCAGAGCAGAGCUUGGAUCAUACGCUCAGGACUCCUAUCAUUGGCCCAGAAGAGGAUUACGAUCCAGGAUACUUGGACAAUGAGAAUGACUCCCUCUUUCAAGACUUGGGGAAACUGAAGACACGGCCAGCCCACUUAGGGGUUUUUCUGCGCUACAUCUUCUCCCAAGCAGACCCAAGUCCUCUGCUCCUGUAUUUGUGUGCAGAUGUUUACCAACAGAUGAGCCCCAAGGAAGCCCGGGGGCUGGGCAAAGACAUUUGGCACAUCUUCUUGGACAGGGCUGCGCCUCUGAGAGUCAAGGUCUCCGAUCAGUUGUUGGCAGAAAUCGACUCUCGCCUGCGGAAUGGAGAGGAUGCCCGAAGUGCUUUCUUGGAGGUUCAGGAGGCUGUCGUGCCUGAGAUCCAGGAGCAGAUCCAAGAUUACAGGACAAAGCGUACCAUGGGCCUGGGGAGCUUAUAUGGGGAGAAUGACCUGCUGGACCUGGAUGGAGAGCGCCAGAAGGAACGCCAAGUGGCUGAGAAGCAGAUGGCACAGCUGGGGGACAUUCUAUCCAAAUACGAAGAUCGGAGCUCCCCCAUGAGUUUUGCCUUGAAGACAUACAUGAUGCACGUGGGGAUCUGCCCUCGGGAGGCUCGCCCGGUCAGCGUCGCGGAGAAGUCACAGGAGAAGGACAAGUGGCUGCCUUUCUUCCCCAAGACCAAGAAGAGCGGCAGCGGGAAGAAGGAGAAGGAGGCGGCCGCAGAGGACAAGAAGCGCAACCCCAUCCUCAAGUACAUCGCAAAGCCCAAAGGCUCUUCUCAGAGCACAUUUCACGUCCCUUUGUCCCCUGUUGAAGUUAAGCCUGGCAACGUGAGAAACAUCAUCCAGCACUUUGAGAACAGCCAGAACUACGAUGGCCCGGAGGCCAGCCUGCAACGUCUCUCCUCAAGCAGUUUCCCUGAAGACCUUCUGGAUUUGGACAGUUCCAGGGCUGAGAUCAGACUCGGCCGGUCGGAGAGUUUGAAGGGCCGGGAAGAGCUGAAGAGGCUGCGCAAGGCAGAGAACGUGCCCCGUUCCCGGAGCGACGUCGACAUGGACGCUGCCGCCGAAGCUGCCCGACUCCACCAGUCGGCGUCAUCCUCCGCGUCCAGCCUCUCCACCCGGUCUCUGGAAAACCCCACGCCACCCUACACUCCCAAAAUGGGGCGCAGGAGCAUUGAGUCGCCCAGCCUGGGCUUUAGCACGGAGGCCUUCCUUCCCCACCUGCUGGAGGACGAGCUCGGCCAGCUCUCGGACCUGGAGGCAGAGCUGGACUCCCAGAACUGGCAGCACGUGGUCGGCCGAGAGGUCGCGGCCCAGCUGUCUCAGCGGGAGAUCGAUCGCCAGGAGGUCAUCAAUGAGCUAUUUGUGACCGAGUCCUCCCACCUGCGGAUCCUCCGCGUGCUGGACAUCCUCUUCUACCAGGGCCUGAAGAGGGAGAACCUGCUUUCCCGGGACGAGCUGGCCCUGCUUUUCCCCAACCUUCCGGAGCUGAUCGAGAUACACAAUUCCCUGUCGGAGUCGAUGAAAAGACUGCGGGAAGAGGGGCCUCUGGUGAAGGAGGUUGGCGACCUCAUGCUUUCCCGGUUCGAUGGGGCUGCACGGGAAGAGUUCCAGCAAGUGACGGCCGAGUUCUGUGCCUACCAGUCCAUGGCCCUGGAGCUGAUCAAGACCAAGAAGCGGAAAGACGCGCGCUUCCAGCUGUUCAUGCAGGAGGCCGAGAGCAACCCCCAGUGCCGCCGCCUGCAGCUGAAGGACCUCCUCAUCUCUGAGAUGCAGCGCCUGACCAAGUACCCACUGCUCCUUGAAAACAUCAUCAAGCACACUUCGGGGCAGACACCGGAGCACCGGAAGCUCUGCCGGGCCCGAGACCGCUGCCGAGAGGUCCUCAGGUGCGUGAAUGAGGCGGUCAGGCAGGCUGAGAACCAGCACCGCCUGGAGGCUUACCAGAAGCGCCUGGAUGCCGCCUCGCUGGAGCGGACCAGCAACCCGAUCGCAGCCGAGUUCAAAAACCUUGACCUGAGAGGCCGCCGCAUGAUCCACGAGGGGCUGCUCGCCUGGCGCAUCGGCAGAGACAAGACCGUGGAUCUGCACGUGCUGCUGCUGGAGGACCUCCUGGUGCUUCUCCAGCGGCAGGAUGAGAAGCUGGUCCUGAAGUGCCACGGCAAGACGGCGCUGGGCUCCUCGGACACCAAGCAGACCUUCAGCCCCGUCCUGAAACUCAGCUCCGUCCUCAUCCGCUCCGUGGCCACCGAUAAGCGUGCCCUGUUCAUCAUCUGCACCUCGGAACUCGGCCCCCAGAUCUACGAGCUGGUCGCGUCCACGUCUUCGGAGAAGAGCAUGUGGAUGGACCUCUUAGAAGAGGCGGUGAAAGCUGCCACGCGGAAGGCCACGCUGCCCCCCCAGCGCCACGCCCAGGAGCUGCGUCCCCACCGGCCGGCCCCAUCCAGCCUCGUGUUCCCGGACGCCGAGAUCGCCGCUGAGCUGAGCCAAGGGAGCAGCCCAUCCCACCAUGAAGCGGAGGAGGAAGGGGCGUCAGAUGACACCCCGACCGAAGCCUUUGUGACCGAGCGGCUGGAAGUUGGGCCCCAGGAGGAGGAGGAGGAGGAGGAGGAGGAGGGCAACCCACCUACUGCACAUCCUUUGCAUACUCUGGAGGAAGCCUCCUCUGGCAGGCCCGCUCCACGGCCCCCCUGCUUGGAGAGCAUGGCUGAAUCCGCCCUGGGAAAUGUGGAAACCCUGCGGCGCCUCCUCCUGCGCAGCUUCCUGCCCUGCCGGGACUCUGAACCAGAAGAUGACCUGACCCCCACCCCUUCGGGGGCUGUUGACCCCCAGCGCUGGGGCUCGGCACCUGCCAGCCAAGAGGAGCUGCUGGAGCCCCCGGAGGGCCGUGACCCUUCCACCCCCCCUGGCCCUCCGGAGCCGGACUGGCAGGGCAGCGGGAGCAGGCCCCAGUCCUUGGGCCCCACGGAGGAUCCCAGGCCCGGAGAGGGCCAGGAUGCAGCAGACCCCCCUGUGGCCCAGGCAGGUGGUCAGGAGCCUGAGAUCCCAAGCAGCUACGUGGUGGUGCGGAAAGCCGAGGUGGAGGGAAAUAGAGGCGCUCUGCUCUUGUCGGAGAAAGGCAGCCAGGCAGGAACUGACGCUGGAGGCCCCGAUAACGCAGGUGGAGCCUGUUUCUACUUAAGCCUGCCGGCCGACUCUGACAAAUCCCACGCAGACAACAAGAGCGCUGGGGAGCCGGCCGGUCCUUUGAGCUGGGUACCAUCUUCGCCUCCUGCCGUGCCUUUGCCUGGCUGCCAGGAGAGCACCGGGGGGGCCCCGCCAUGUUGGCGCAGCACACUGCCAAGCACUGCAGAGUUCCCUCCAUCUGGCCAAGGCACUCAGGAUUUGGAUGUGAUCUUCCGGACAAUAGACCAACUCACGCUGAAGCUGACCAAACUCAAGGACGUGGAAGGGGCCUACCAGCAGCUGCUGCUCCUGCAGCGCUCCCCGAGGGGGCGUUCUGCCACCGAAGCCACACCCAGGUGGGGAAGCAUGUCGCCAGAGCCCAGCCAGACGUCGCCCAGCAGCCACCAGGGGUCCAGAGUCAGCCACCGGCCCCUGCCCUCCUCCCCACCGUCCCUGGUAGCUGCUGAGCCUGACGUGAACGGGGUCUCGCUCGCCCUCCCGGAAGAUGGCUCCCAGGAAGUGACCCUAUAGGGGGAGGAGGGCCGCUGCGAAGGAGGGAAGGAAGCGAGGGAGGAAACGCCUCUCCAGGAGACGGACCCUUCGCCCUCCCACCCCUCCCCGGUCCUUGCUGAAGGUGUGAGGUGGUCGUGGUCAGGACGGGCAGCUGCCAGCAUGAGACAUGGCGAAACCGAGGAGGAAGCGGAGAAAACUGGAACCCCGCCUUGUUUGAAGGCACACGCACGCAAACCAUCUCGUGAAAACGCCUGGAGGUUUCCCCAACUGGAGCGCUCGCCAGAGCUAGCAAGAGCCGACUUUCUCGGCUCUUUUCCCCGAAACACAAGGAGCCGUCUCUCCGCUGGCCGACUUUGGGGUCUGGCUCUUCCUUCGUCCCCGAGAUGAAUCGAUGGUGUGCGUGUGAGAGAGGCGUAGAUAUACACACGCCCUGCAGACUUGCUUUUCCACGUACAUGACAGUUGGGAUAUAUUGUGUAUAAUUGCACUUUUGUUUUCCUUAACGUUUUCCCUCUACGGUGAGGAAAAUUUCACUGGGGAGGCCCCAGCUGCUUCCAGACCUUUCUGUUGGAUAUAAAUAUGUAUGUAUGUGCAUUGAGUUUUUGUAAAUAUGACAGACGGUUGUUUCCCUGUGGCUUUUUUUUUUUUAACUUGUCUCCAUGCCCUGAUUUCCCAAAGGCCCCCUUGCUGAAGGGUUUGGUCUGAUGGGGGCAGGACUGGGAAGACCCCUGACCGUGGUCACCGUGCCGGGCGAAGCAGCGAGGGGCUGCCGCCCUCCUCCAGAAAGGCCAGCUCCCCUCGCUCUUCCCUGGCUGCUGCCCGCCAGAUGUUGUGGGACCCCUUCCCACCCUGGUGUUUAUGCCACGUGCUGCAGCAGAGUUAAAAGGAGAUGGGGAAAGGAUGCCAUCUCUUCCAGUGGGCUCGCUGAAAGCCCGUUUUAU